AUGACACAGUCAACUUCAAAGAUUGCGGUUAUUGCUGCACUCGCAUUGACAUUGGCCAUCCUCUCACUUGUCAAGUGCGAUCUAUACGUUCAUAACCCAAGAGGAAGCAAUGACAGAAAUUGCGAAAGAGAUGCUAACCGUAGAAAUGGUAACAGACUCUUCAACUCUGAAAACAAUGCCGCUGGUGGCUAUGCUUGUCCACGUGCAGUUGGUGGACCUGAAGUGAAAACUCCAACCAUGUACUAUUAUGAAGGUUCUGAAUUGUAUUUGCAAUGGACAAACCAACACUCUUGUGGUACUCAUAACAAUUAUUGUCAAUUAGUGAUUCAAUACAUGUGUAAUGACACUGUGGUUGGUACUGACAAAGUCUAUGGUAACUAUUACUCUGUGAGAGAUGGUAUUCCAACCGAUUCCAAUGACGAUGCCACUGAUACCAUUUCGGAAUCCACUCAAAAUGAUUUGAGAUUUGGUCAACAUGAACCAUUUGACAACUACAAAAAGUGCACCAUUCGUGAUCGUAAUAAGGGUCUCUACAUUGCUGAUCGUGGUUUGGGUGGUAACAGUGCCAUCUUCACUCGUCAAAACAACGGUGGUGAAAGAUUUGGUUUCGAAUGUACUGAAGAACAUGACUAUUAUCCUUAUUGGCACUUCUCUCCUUGGGUGGAUAUUGCUAUUUUUACUUCAAAUACCUCCAUGUGUCAAUGGUAUCAAGAGAACUCUCAAAACGUAGUUGGACGUGGUGAAUGUUGGGACUCUACCAAAACCACCUAUCUGAGAUAUAACAAUAUUAAGGAUUGUUUGAGUGCCACAGAUGCCAAAGGUGUCAACAUGAACAACAAGUGGGUCACUGUUCCUGCUUGGGGUGUUCCUCCACCUGAAUGUCUCUCCACUUCUUUGAUUGCUUCACGUGACAAUCACUUGGGUAAUGCUGCAGAUGGAAGUGGUGAAAUGGCCUCUUACAAGUGGAAGAUUCCAUUCGUGAAGGAUAUGCCAAAGGAUCCAUUCACCAAUAAGGUUCAUCACAACAAUUGUGUCUUGAGAUUCCGUUACAAUAUUACCACCACUGAAAUUCCCUUCUUCUUGGAUUGGAGAUAUAAUUAUCUUGGUGUCACUUCCAAGACUCCAUCCAUGACUCCAAUCCGUCAAGAUCCAUGGACUGAAUUUGGUUAUGAUCAUCCUCUCCAUCUUGCUGUCAAUACCAAUCAAUAUGGUAGAACUUUCCAAGAUCGAAGUUAUGUCUUUGCCAUUAAGGAACGACCACAAAAUGUUCCAUCCUAUGUGACCAUUCACAAUUUGAAUGUUCGUGGUAAGAGAGGUAACAUUGUCAAUGUGUAUCCAAGUGUGGAGUAUGACUUUGUACCAACUAAUUUGGAAGUCAAUGGAGAUGAUUUGAUUCACAUGCAAUGGACUGGUUCUGAUUACAAUCCUAAUCGUACUCCAAACAAUGCAGAAGGAGGUCCAGAGGAUCCAGCUCAAGGUGGUUAUCGUGCUGAUCGUUCUAACAUUGUUCAAAUGGAUGUUGCUGGUUUGAAUACUCCUCGUCCAUUCAGUGGUAUUACCAUGUUCUUGACUGAAGAUGGUAAAGUCGAUAAGGAUUUGGUUCACAAAUUAGCCUUUUUAGGUCAAAAUAUUUACGAUAACUCAACCACGAAUCCAAAGGCUUGUCUCUCUAAGGCUCAACUCUUGGCAAAGAAUAACCAAAACACUGCUGCAGCUGAAUUGGAUGAUCAAAAUUGUGGUAAACUUGCUAAUACUCCUUAUGGACCAUACUUUGAUGCUGGUUUGGUCAAGAUGUAUGCUUCUGGUAAAUUCUAUUACAUGUCCACCAGAAACAAUAACUUCUCCAAUAGAGGACAAAAGGCUAUUUUGACUGUUAGAAAUGCUCGAUUUUCUGCUGCUCCAGUUGCCAUGUCCUUCAAUUAUGGUGGAAUUGUGAUAUUGAUUUGUUUGUUCCUAAUGAAUCAAAUUGUUUUUUAA